AUGUUUACUGAACGUACUAGGAGACCUACUGGGCUCGUACAUGUUUUCGUUGACAAUUCCAAUACUUUCAUUGAGGCAAGAUAUACUGUUGGAGAGCUUGAGGGUUAUUUUGACCACAGAAGAAAUUCAUCCUACCUUCAAAAUCUUCAUAUCGACUAUGGACGCCUUCUUACAACAGUACAGAAUGGACGUAAGCUAGGUGCAUCUCCCGUUAUUGUUGGCUCACGACCACCUCCCAAUGAUUCACUAUGGAAUAGUAUUCGGAAGGUGGGAUAUGAUGUAACUGUGUAUGAUCGGAACUUUGAUAAUAUUGAGAAGAAAGUUGAUAAUCAAAUUUCGGUUGCCAUGAUGAAUACCAUUAGAUAUUAUGAUCCCGGCAUAAUGGUGCUUAUUAGUGGUGAUGGUGACUUUGAUCCUACAAUAAAACAAAUCUUGAAGGAUAAAUGGGAGAUCGAGACAUGGUUCUGGACAUCUGGUAUAUCUGAAGACCUUAUUUCAAACACACAUUACAGACCUUUGGAUAAUUUAUAUAAAUCUUUCACAUAUUGUUACGGAAGCGACAUUACUAGGAAAAAGUAUGGACUUAUGAUUAUUAUUCGGAGUUGGAGGACUGAAGAGAUAAUGGGCUUUUAUAAAGCUUUAGACUUAUUCUGUUGGUACAAACGAUUAGAUAGGAACACUUUGUGUUUAUAUUUUAAUAAUUUGGAGCAAUUGGAAAAAGCAAAGAAUUGGAUGAAAACUAAUCAUCCUGAGAUACGGGUUUUGGAGGAAGAUGAGAGUUAA